AGCAGUGUACAGCAGAACAGCAGAGCUGAGCUGAGCGAGAUGGCCCGAGAGAAGACCUUUUACAAAGCGAACGCUGUUAGGGGUCAGGACAUCUACGCAAACAAGACAACAAGGACGAGGACGGAGAGGACAGGAAGCAGAUGUUCCAGACUGGCUGUGGUGUGUUUGGUAUUGCUGUGUGUUCUCCUGCUGACCACCACCAUAGUGUUCUACAAGUACUAUACUGAUGUGAAAGAAGAGAACCGUCAAACCGUCUUAACUUUGAAGGUGGAGAGAGAGACCCACUUAUCCAGUAUCAGAAACCUGACUAAAGAACGAGACCAGCUAAAAAGCAGCUACCAGAAUCUGACUGAGGAGAGAGACCAGAUGAAGAAAACCAUGAAUGAGUUAAAAGACAAGCUAAUGAGCGUUAACAAUGUGACUGAGAAGGUCAAUUUAGAAGGGUGGAAGAAAUAUGGAAGCAGGUAUUACUACUUCUCUGCUGAGGAGAAGAGCUGGAAUGAGAGCAGGCAGGACUGCAGAGAGAGAAGAGCAGAUCUGGUGAUCAUAAACAGCAGAGAGGAACAGGAGUUCAUUAAGAAGGGAAGCAGAGAUGUCUGGAUUGGUCUGAGUGAUGAAGAAAUAGAAGGAAAGUGGAAGUGGGUGGAUGGAUCAGCACUGACCACUGAGUUUUGGAUGAGUGGUGAACCCAAUAAUGCUAAUGGCGGAGAGGACUGUGCUGUGUUUCUACUCUGUUCUCCUACAAUGAAGACAUGGAAUGAUUUACCCUGCAUUCACAAAGUAGCCUGGGUCUGUGAAUCUACAUUGCCUCCUUCAUAA